CCAGCGUCUCCGACAAACAAUUUGAUGGCCACCACUUUGGAGAACUUAUCAAGAACGCAGGCAUCUAUGGCGUCUCACCUUGGAGAAGAUAUCAAGAAAAGCUUCCUCGAAGUUUUGGGAUCUGCGAAUCAACCGGAAAGGUUUCCAUCCAAGCAGAUCGAAAAAUUCAAAGGAUUUCCAGCGAUUUCCUUCGCCCCGAAUGAGGUAAAAUCACUCUCUGCCCCUUAUGAAUAUGCCUUGGUUGGUCGUUUCAACAAAUCUAGACCCCCUCUCCAUAUCAUCCGCUCCUGCUUGGAAAGAAUUGGUUUCAAAGUGAAUCUUAAAAUUGGUUUGCUUUCUCAAUCAAUUUUGUUUUUGAAUUUCAAAUGCCGAGUUGAUUAUCAACGUUGUUUCUCUAAACGGGUUUGGAAAAUCAAUGGGUCAUCCAUGAUUGUGUCCAAAUGGAGCCCUGAUUUUCACGUGGACAUUGAGAGUCCCAUCUUUCCGAUAUGGACUUCUCUACCUCAUCUUCCUGUCCAUCUUCAAGAGGCUAGGGCUCUUUACAGUAUUGCAAAAUGCCUGGGUAACCCGAUUAUGAUGGACUCCUCUACUUCUGCAAAAAUCAGACCGUCUGUGGCUCGUUUUUGUGUUGAAAUGGAUAUUACACAAGAACUACCGAAGAAGAUAUGGAUUGAUAAUGGAGGCCAUGGUUUCUUCCAACCAGUGAGCUACGAGGACAUCCCAAAGUAUUGUAGGGAUUGCCAAAAAUCAGGGCACACUGCCGGAAAAUGCAACACUGCAGAUGAUGUUUUUCCUAAGAAAGAUGCUGCAACCUCAACCAAAGCCAAUAACAAGGAUCCGAAACCAAGCGGGGACAUAAGAUGUCCCAUUGUGAAGGACACAAAAAUUACUGUCCAAAAUUCUAAAGCUGAUGAAGAUGUACUGGUGACACCCCUUGAACAAAAGGAAAUAGCCAAAGAGGAUAUGGCAGGGUGUGGGUCAGCGGCAGGAGGCACCACACCAACAACUAGAGGCCAUGACACAUCUGUACAAAGCUCCAAGAACCGAUUUGCCACCAUUGAAAAGACUCCAAGUCAUGAGGGAUCAAGUUCAAUACAGCCUACUACCCAGUUAGAGGUGGAAGAGACUAAAGUUGGGACUCAACAUGAAGUCGUUGAGAUCAAAGAUGCAGUUACUAUGGUAGCUGAUGCAAUUGAAAUCCAGAAUGGGUGUUCUACUCCGAAUAAGGCAGCUAAAAUAUCACCUGACCCUGUGACUGCGAUUGAGGCGAAAACAGCAACCAGACAUACCUACAAGGAAACUAUCAUCGAGGUUGAUGGUUCUAAAGAUGAAGAACCCCAAGAGUUUGCUGCAAAUGACACAUUUGACGCAAGCCAGGAUAAUGAGGAGACAGGGAACCAAACAGAACCAGAAUUUGAUUGUGAAGAAUAUCAGUAUGAAGAGGACUUCACCCUGGUCAAAAGCAAAAAACAAAACUCUCCUCCAGAACUAACGAUUCAAACAAGAAGUGGACAACUCCAAUGGGACAAAGAGGAUGGACCCCGCAAGUCUGCCAAGCUACGUCUUGGUCCUGAGAUGGGCCGGACUAGCGCAAUGGAAAGACUUGGCGGGAGUCGUCACGCCCAAUCUCGUCGUUCUAGGGAAUCUGAGAUGAUUCACCAAGACGAGGAGGAAGCAGAAAGCCAGCCCAGGGCGUCGGCAUAUACCAGGCUCUCAUACGAUGAGGAUGACCUAGAAAAGAUAGGGAGCGUAGCAAGGAAACUACGUGCCCUGGAGGAAAAGGUGGAAGAGAAGGCGGGAGCGAAAAAGCACACCUUGGCUAAAUCUCCCUUUUCGGCCAGGGUACAUGCGCAGAGGUUGAGACAGAAGAUUAAGCUGGACGUGGAGAAAUUCACAGGAAAGGAGGAUCCAAACGUCCACCUUGACACCUUCCACAAUGCAGCACAAAUGGCCGGAUGCACUGAUGCUGAGGAAUGCCUACUCUUCUUCUCAUCCUUGAGAGGGAGGCCAGUGGAAUGGUUUAACGGCCUUCCCCAUGGCAGGAUUGGGUCCUUUGAGAAACUUGCCGAAGUUUUCCGCAAGAAGUACCAGGACAAUUGCAUCAAGAGGAAGAAGUUCACCUACCUUAACACGGUAGGGCAGAAGGAGAAGGAGUCCUUGACUCAAUUCUUGACCCGCUGGAGGGACGAGGUCGACAAGGUAGAAGAGAUGGACGACAAGACGGCCAUGUCUUUGCUGAUGAAUGCCUUCCGGUCGGGUGACCUCUACACCGAAUUCUGUAGGAGGCCACCCUCCUCUUACCAAGAAGCCUACAAUACGGCAUGGGAGUAUGCCGACGCGGAGGUCUUGAAUAAGAGCAAGCGGGAAUUGGAGGAAGGAUAUACGAAGGUGAAAUCCGACAAGCUGAAGAAGGACGACCAGAUGGGAGGGUCCAAACUAAAGGCUACGUAUGACGGGUCUGUCCAUCAAAUAAGGGAUGAUAAGAAGGGAGAACAACCCAAGAGGCCUUGGACGGAGAAGUGGUGUACCUACCACCAAUCCGACUCCCACAAUACGGCGGAUUGUCGGAAUGUCAAGGCUGUGCUCAAAGAGAUGGCCUUGAAGGGAGAGCUUGGGGAAGGUUACGCGACGGGGAAUAAGAAGGAUCUGAAAGCAAACACCUGGACCCGUCCUCAGGGAAAAGACCAGGGAAGGAGAAAAUCCGGGAAGGAUAACAACAAUCCGGAUAAAGAAUUCAUUGAGAUGAUUGUCGGUGGCCCGGAAGGCGGGGACACUGCCUCCCAGCGGAAGAAUUGGGCCAGGAGCUUACACGUAGCGGUGGUUUCCUUGGAAUCACAAGGAAAGCAGGCAAGAAGGGAACCUAUCACUUUCACUGAUAGGGAUCUGCCCAGGACGGGGAGAGACCACAAUGACCCUUUGGUCAUUACAAUGGACAUCAACGGGGCUGAUGUGGCCAGAGUACUAGUUGACACAGGAAGCAGUGUCAAUGUUUUAUACUUAGAUGCUUUCAAAAAAUUGAAGCUUGACAGGUCCAUGUUGAGGCCAUUGCAAACUCCAUUGUCAGGCUUCACUGGUGCUAGCAUAGAAGCGGAAGGUCAGAUAACCUUACCGGUUACCUUGGGGUCAGGAAACAAGACAGUGACCAAACAAAUGAGAUUUGUUGUGGUCGACAUCAAAUGUGUGCAUAAUGCGAUUCUGGGUAGGCCUGGAAUCAACCAGGUCAGGGCUAUUAUUUCCAUGGCACAUUUAUGCAUGAAGUUUUACACUCCCAAUGGAAUCGGGGAGGAAAGGGGUGAUCAAAAGAACGCCCGGUCCUGCUACCUGGAAGCAGUCAAGAAGAUGACCCGCCAGUUCGAACAAAUUGAACUGGUCUCCCAACAGGUAGACAAGGGUGAGGAGAAGGCUAGGAUUGAGCCGGAUGCAAACACGGAGGUGAUCCAGAUUGAUACCUCCAAUCCUGAGAGGAAGGUCAAAAUUGGGGCUGAUCUUCAAGAAGAGUUAAGGACUGAGAUUGUCCAGGUGUUGACCAGGAUCAAGUCCGAUUCAAGCUUGGUGGUAGGCCACAUCAAUGGUAACAUGGAGGCCAAAGGAGAGAAAAUGCAGAAGUACAGAGACUUGGCAAGGGCACUAUUGAAGGACCUGACUGAGUAUGUGAUGGAGAAAAUCCCUAGGGGGGAGAACACCGAUGCUGACUUACUAUCAAAGUUGACGCAAGCAGCCCCGGAGCAUGUGUCCAAGCUGGCCAGGAUUGAGACGCUGGAGAAAGCCAGCAUUGAGGGGUUUUCUGUUAGCGUGAUAGAAGAAGACGGGCAGGCCAAUCCAGAUCGAGUGGAGCCAGAUGACAUUUGGAUAGAUGAUCUGGUUAGGUAUUACAUGACCGGGCAAUUCCCUGAAGAUGUGGACAGGGUGAGAAAAGUAAAGUUGAGGGCUCCAAGAUUCCAAAUGCUCGAGGGAAGGCUAUACAAAAGAGCAUUCGGUGGUCCAUUGCUAAGGUGCUUGACCAGGGCAGAGGCAGAAAGAGUGAUCGCCGAAGUUCAUGAGGGUGUCUGCACCGCCCACCAAAUGUCCAGGACGCUCGCGCAAAGGAUCAUUUUGCUAGGUUAUUUCUGGCCUACAAUGAACCAAGAUUGCGAGAGAUAUGUCCAGAGGAACGAAUUGGUUAGAGGAGUUGCCACAUAUCAUCUGGGCUUACCGGUCACUUCAAGAAAGGCCACAGGGGAGACACCCUUCGUCCUUACAUAUGGGUGUGAGGCCAGACUACCCAUCGAAGCUAAAAUAAUGACCUUUCGGGAGAAGGUCUAUAAAGAGAAAGGGAAUGAGGAAGACCAUUUGGCAGAGCGAAACUUGCUGGAAGAGAGGCGGAUGGUCGCUGAGGCUAAAAUGAUGGAAUACCAGCAAGCAGCCAAGGCCUACCAUGAUAACAAGGUAGGGCCUCGUUAUUUCCAAGUGGGUGACGAGGUCCUGAGACGAAGGGGGGCCAGCAAACCCGGAGAAGGGGGAAAACUUGCAAAGAAAUGGGAAGGCCCAUAUAGGGUCACAGCAAUAUUACGCCCUGGGACAUACAAGUUAGAAACAAUGGAAGGUCGAGAGUUGGAAAGGUGCUGGAAUUCCCACCACCUUAGAAAAUUCUACCGAUAGACAAAAUUGGCAGGGCAUGUAUUUGUAAUACCCCUUCGAUGAUAAAUAAGAGAUUUCUUCAAUACUUGUGUUGCUGAGUCACUAAUACUAAAGUAAUGUCUUGAUGUAAGAGGCAAGGUUAAAAAAAAAAGAUAAACCCU